AUGACUAGUAGGAUAAAAGGGUCCUCGCAUGCACUUCGACGGGUGCGGGGGGCAAGAAAGCUAGUCGCGAAGAUCGGGAUUCAUUUGGGUACUUGGAAUGUUGGAUCCUUGACGACGAGACUUCGGGAACUGACAGAGGUGGCACGCAAAAGACAAGUUGACAUCUUAUGUGUGCAGGAAACCAGAUGGAAGGGUGCGAAGGUCCGAGAAGUAGAAGGCACAAGCUCCAGGCUCUUCUUCCCAGGUUUAACCAAUGAGAAUAACGGUGUUUGCAUUCUAAUCAACAGAAAACUGACGGAUCAUGUCAUAGAAGUCCAUAGACGGGGAGAUAGAUUAAUCCUCGUGCGAAUUUUGCUAGGGAAGGUGUUUCUAAAUGUUAUCAGUGCGUAUGCGCCCCAUGAACGGUCAACUGGGGACGCCAAGCUUGAAUUUUGGAAAGCACUUGACGGCAUGGUAAGUGGUGUACCCCCAAGCGAAAAGCUAUUCAUUGGGGGAGACUUCAAUGGACAUGUUGGUGCGUGCGGUUCGGGGUACGAUAGGAUUCAUGGGGGAUUUGGGCUCGGAAGAAAGAACCAGGCGGGUAAAGAUAUCUUGAACUUCGCCGAGUCCUUUGAACUCAUGAUUGCUAAUACCUUCUUCGAGAAAAACGAAAAACAUCUGGUUACCUAUAAGAGCGCUCAACAUAUGACCCAAAUCGACUAUAUCCUCGCGAGGAGAGAGGGUAGAGAAGAUUUCUCUAAUUGCAAGGUCAUACUGGAUGAGUGUGUGUCCACCUAA